UUUUGGGGUGUGUGUGCCCAGGGACAGUCAGCUGUGGGGUGGGGGGACACCCCUGCUCCCAGGGGAAGCCUCUGCCAGGCUUUUCCCCUUUGGAGCACAGCCAGGGCCUGGAGCAGAUGCAGCAAGCAGUGCCCUGAGGGUCUGGGAGCACCUGGGGCUGCUCUGGGCAGUGCCCUGAGCCCUGAGGAGCCCCUGUCCCUGCUCCUGGUGGCACCCUCAGCCCGUGUCCCUGGGGCUGCCUUCCACACCGAGCGUGGCCUCAGCUCCCCCCAGCACUUCUGCUGCUCCCGGGGAGCCUUGAGGGGCUCGGGGGAGGCAGAGGCUGUGUGCAGGCAGGGGUUAAGCAUCCCGAGUUUGCAGCAGGCAGCCAGCUUUCCCAUAUAAGAGCACUGCACUCAUUGGCUCUCCCCUCCAGUGAGAAAUCUAGCCAGUCAUUUCCUGUGAGCCUCCCUCACUCUGCUCAAAGCCACACACUCGGGUGGAUCACAAGGUUCUGGGGGUGUUCCUCCUCACAGGAGCCUCGGAUUCUCUCAUGGGCCAGCCAGGAGCUGCACGCCGUGCCCCUGCCAGGCUGCUGGGAUGAGCACGAGCCCUGCACGGCUCCUCUCCCAUGGAUGGAGACCAUUCUGGGGCUGCCUUCAUGCCAACUAGCGCUUCUGGCUGCUUGACUUGGCUUCUGCUGGGAGGCUGCUUCCCCUCUGAAGGAGCCCUGGGGACUCCUUGUCAGAUCAGCUCUGGGGUGGAGCUGGCAGCAGCUUCUGACGCUCUGUCGGUGCAAGACUGGCAGUAAAAAACUCUCCUGGGCGCUGUGGAGAGAUGGAAACUGCAGCUGAGGAGUGAUUUUGGGGAGAGGAAGACAGAAAAGCGCGAGCAAAGUGUUGUGGAAGUGCAAAUAUCCUCCUGAAGGAUUCAGCAGAUGCCCCAGCUAUGGAGUGUGGCUGUAGCCCCAGCAAGGGAGAUUUCUCCUCAGAGGAAUCCUGUUAACCCUUUGGAGGGAGCGCCUGGGAAUGAGCAGGAGCUGCUGACCAGAGCUGUGCUGCAGGUUUAGUGCCCCACAGGGAACCUCUUUGUGGUCUGCAGGACCAUCUCUCCUGGCAAUGGAUAAAUUCACAAACGGGCAGCCAGGCCCAGCUCAGAGGAACAGGCUCUUAGGAUUGCUGGAGACAGAUGACAGCACCCAGGAAGAGAAACCUGCCCCGAGCAGAAAGGAAGAAAAGUCAGGACUUGGGAGGAAAGGAGAGCCACAACCCUUGGAGACGCCUUAUCAGAAGGAGAGCAGCGACUUUGCCCCUAAAAUCAAGAUUAAUCUGAAUUAUCGGCCAGGACUCGUCAGCAACCAGAAGGACCCGAAUCGCUUUGACAGGGACCGGCUGUUCAGCGCCGUGGUCCGGGGCAGCCCCGAGGCUCUGGAUGGUUUGCUGGACUACUUAAGGAGGAACUCCAAAUUCCUCACCAAUUCCGAGUACACAGAUGCAAAGUCUGGGAAAACCUGCUUAAUGAAAGCCCUGCUGAACUUAAAAAAUGGGAAGAAUGACACAAUCCCAGUCCUGCUGGAAAUAGACCAAAAGACACAGAACCCCAGGCCACUGGUCAACGUGUCCUGCUCUGACUGUUUCUACAGAGGCCAGACCGCGCUGCACAUCGCCAUCGAGAAGAGGAGCCUGGAGAUGGUGAAGCUGCUGGUGGAGAACGGGGCCGACGUCCACGCCAGGGCCCACGGGGAGUUCUUCAGGAAGAAGAAAGAAGGAGUUUACUUCUAUUUUGGCGAGCUCCCGCUGUCGCUGGCCGCCUGCACCAACCAGCUGGACGUGGUGGAUUACCUGCUCAACAACCCGCACCAGCGCGCCCGGCUGCAGGAGCAGGACACGCAGGGCAACACGGUGCUGCACGCGCUGGUGAUGAUCGCCGACGACACCGAGGAGAACACGCGCUUCGUCAGCGCCGCCUACGUGCGGAUCCUGAAGGCGGGCGUCCAGCUGGACCCCGCCUGCAAGCUGGAGGAGAUCGCCAACUACGACGGCCUGAACCCCCUGCAGCUGGCGGCCAAGACGGGCAAAGUGGAGAUCUUCAGGCACAUCAUCCAGAGGGAGAUCCAGGAGCCCGGCUACCGGCACCUGUCCCGCAAGUUCACCGAGUGGACCUACGGCCCCAUCCACGUGUCCCUCUACGACCUGUCCUCCCUGGACAGCUUCGAGGAGAACUCUGUGCUGGAGAUCCUGGCCUACAGCAGUGACACCCCGAACCGGUACAAGAUGGUGGUUUUGGAGCCACUGAACAAACUGCUCCAGCAGAAAUGGGAAACGUUUGCUUCCAAGAGGUUCUACUUCAGCUUUGCCUCCUACCUGUCGUUCAUGAUCAUCUUCACAGCCAUUGCCUACUACCAGCCCUUAAGGGUGAAGCCUUCCUUCCCAGUGGAGUUCACAGCUGGAGGCUUCCUCUGGGUCUCUGGACUGAUCAUUAUCUUGUUAGGAGGCAUUUAUCUGAUCUUUGCUCAGAGCCUGUACCUGCGGAGGAGGCGCCAGUCCCUGAAGACCAUGUGCUCUGACAGCUGCAUCGAGAUCCUGAUCUUCAUCCAGGCCUUCUCCCUGCUGCUCUCAGCAGUGCUGUACGGAGCCAGCUCAGAGAACUACGUGGCAGUGAUGGUGUUCUCCCUGCUCCUGGGCUGGGUCAACACCCUCUACUACACCCGCGGCUUCCAGCGCACCGGCAUCUACAGCGUCAUGAUCCAGAAGACCAUCAUGAGAGACCUGCUGCGCUUCCUCCUGGUGUACAUGAUCUUCCUCUUCGGCUUCGCUGCAGCCCUGGUGACGCUGAUGGGCGAUGCCCCCUCGGUGUCCCAGAACAAGUCCCUGGCUCACCUGGAGGGCUCGGGCAGCCACGCCAUGUACGGGGGGCUGCUCAGCGUCUCCCUGGAGCUCUUCAAGAUCACCAUCGGCAUGGGGGACCUGGACUUCCAGGAGCACGCCAGGUUCAGGUACUUUGUCAUGCUGCUGCUGCUGCUGUUCGUCAUCCUCACCUACAUCCUGCUGCUGAACAUGCUGAUUGCCCUCAUGAGCGAGACUGUCACGGAUAUUUCUGGCUACAGCAAGAGCGUCUGGAAGCUGCAGAGGGCCAUUGCUAUUCUGGAGAUAGAGAAGGCCUGGCUGUGGCGCCAGGGUGGGAAGAGAAGAUCUGGCUGCUUCAUGUCAGUGGGGCUCAACAAGAAAGAUGAGAGGUGGUGUUUCAGAGUAGAGGAAAUUAAAUGGGCAGAUUGGGCAAAGGAUGUGGGAGUUCUGAAGGAAGAACCUGGGAACACCAGUGAUUCAGAAAUAAAUCCAGAAGACACCAGCUCCUGGAGACAGCCAGCCCAGAAACCAGCCCGAGCAGCUGCCCCGGAGCAGCUGGCCCUGCUGCAGCCCCAGCCCCCAGGCACAGAGAUGCUGCCCCUGCAGGGACAGCCCAGGCAGCUCUGACAGCUUUUCUGGUCCUGCUUCCACCUCCAGAGGAGCUGCUCUCCCCCCAGCAGCUGCAAGAACUGAAGGCAUUGUCAGCAGCAAAGUGCAUCUCGUGGAGGACUGUGGUUCAGCCUGUGGCUUUCAGCCUUGUCAUGCACUUCAAUGAUUCA